AUGCCAUUAUCACUAUUGGAUUUAUUGUUAAAUCAUGCCUGGCCAUUCGAUACGUUAUUAUGUAAAGUAUGGUCAACAAGUGAUGUCCUUUUCUGUACAGCUUCCAUACUCAAUCUUUGUGUCAUAUCAAUUGACCGUUAUUUAGCCAUUUCUAAGCCGUUAAACUAUUCCAGAACGAGAAAUCGUAAAACAGCCGCUUUAUUAUUGGGCUCAGUUUGGUUGAUCUCAUUUAUUGUAUGCACUCCGCCAUGGAUAUUUCAUUUCGAUGAUUAUCCCUUAACCACUCGUGUGGAUAUUUCUGGAUCAACUUCAUGUUUGAAUAUGGUCGUUUGCAGUUAUCCCAGUGGUAUCCUAUAUCGAAUAUAUAGUUCAAUGGCGAGCUUCUUCAUACCACUUUUGCUGAUGUGCUUCGUGUACUAUAAAAUAUUCCGCAUUGUAUCGACACGUGAAAAAGUUUUGUGGAAGAGCAUCAAUUUGAAAUCAUAUGACAGAUCCAAUAAAAGCCAUACUUCUAACAGCCUAAGCAAAGACAGGAAUUCCAAUGAACGUUACUAUUCACAUCCUAACGGUAUGUUGUAUUCGGAAGAUGAAUCAAUGCCCGAAAAGCAACCGACAAAUGAUUUAAGGUACAGUGAUAUCAGUGUUGGUAUAUCUGCGUUUAAAUCGGAUCUAUCCAGUUGUGAGAUGACAUCAAAUGACAGAUCAAAGUUACCAGUGAACCGUAUGGAAACUGACGAUGGAACUGUGCUAACAUUAGCCAAAAUAGCACAUAGUUGUUAUCUCAAGAUACAGCCUCGUUAUUUGUUAGCCAAAGCGCAUGAUCGUUACCAUACUUGUGGCCCUGGAAAAUUUACUAGUCAUUCCAGGGAGAAAAUUGUUUAUAUGAAAGAACGAAAAGCUCUAAAGACGAUUGCCAUCCUUUUUUUUGCAUUUUCAAUCUGUUGGCUUCCGUUCUUUGUAAUUUACCUGAUCGAAGUAUUGGUGAGCAGCUCUGAUGAGAUUAUUUAUUCAACACAAGAAGUUUUCCUGUGGCUAGGCUAUUCAAAUUCUGUGUUAAAUCCGAUAAUCUAUACGAUGUAUAAUCAUGAUUUCCGACGAUGUUUUCGUGAUCUUUUAACACUAGGAUUCAUGAGAAAACGACGAUCAAUGAGUAUUCGUAAACUUCAUCAACAUAGUACCUGUUGA